AAUGUUUAUAUGCUGAGAGAUAAGCCUGCAUGUGUGGUAUGCUUACAUACUUUUUCGCAAACACGGCAUGGACUUCGUACGGGUGUUUCUGUCGACGACUCAUCGCUGGAAUUGUUCAACGAAUAUCCUUGAAGAGCAAUUUUAACCAGAGCAUUAUCUGAACCGAUCGUCCAUGCUCAUGAAGCUGAGACGCUUCUUCUCCAAUGUCAAAAGCACUAGCGGUUCUCAAGUUAUUUUUCUCGCUGGUGUCUAUAAACUCAACCGAGCAUCCAUUGUUAGCUAAUUCAAGUUCCACGGGCGCGGGAAAAAGUCCUCCUACUUCAACAACCACCAGAAUAACACCAAAGCCUAUCAUAGCAUAUGUUGGGCAAACUUUUCGAAAACCCAUUCCUCAAGAGAUUGUAGACGCCUUGAAAAAAAGGGAUAUCACAAACGUUCGCUUCAUUAUGAAGACAUUUCAUUACGGAGACAUUCUCCCAUCAUCAUGGGUCCAGUUCAAUCCAAGAAAACGCGAAGUCUACGGUUUUCCUUUACCAGGAAAUGCUGGCAGAUUCUUUUACAAAAUGAUCGCUAACUACAAGACAGGGGCUUCAGUUUUUAAUGUUACUUUUGAGCUCCGUGUAAAAGCUAAGAAAGUUGAACAUAGCCAUGAACUGAUUUUAUCCACGGGAAUAAAUUUUCAGCAGUUUAUGACAAAGGUGGCUCUGAGAAUUAGCUUUGCUGAGAAGUUAGCACGUUACUGUUUCAACGAAAAACCCGAAAUAAUUUACGUGAAGUCGUUCGACAAGGCGUCCAGGAAUCUAACCAUCGUAUUCAGCAAUAUUCCUUAUUCUCCUUGUGAUGAGAACACGUACAAAAAGCUGAAAUCGAGUGUGAUUGACGAGGACACAAAGAAGCUUAAGAAGGAGUUUCAGAAAGCGCUGACUAAUAGUUUCCCAGUCAAGAGCGCACAGUUCAGAUUUUUUGGAGCCUGCGAUCCUAACUUAUUGGGACCCGAGCCACCUUUCGAGUGGGGCUGGCUGACAAUUUUUAUGCCAAUCGCCAUUCUGGUAUCUGUGAUCGGAAUUCCUGUUGGCAUUUCGUGUUUUGUAAAUAGAUACAUGAGAACUAAGCGUCCAGUUGUGAAAGAGAGAAGAACAUUGCGAACCCUUCGUCCAAGAAACGAGGACGGAAUGACAGAUUUAACAUCGCAUACCGUUCAUUUUAACAACCGUUAUCCUUCAAUGCUAUCAGUCUCCAAUAACUCGAAAGAAGAUGGCGUCGGCGAGGACGAAAGAGGCGUCGGUGCGAAGGCAAAUGUCCCCAAUGGUAGCCCCUCGAGUCGACAUUUGACGGUACCAAACUCGACUGCAAAUCGCCCCAGACAGGGUGCAGUUGCUGCAAACGACAACAGCAAAAACUCUCCCAAUCACAAAAACCCGUUUAAAUUUCCUUACAACCGGGACAAAGGAUCGUUCAAUGUACGCGAAAUGUGGGACGACGAUGACGACUCGGAACGUCCCCCCCUGAACAUACCCACGUAUUACACGUACAGAAACACCGAGGAGGCCGAGCCGUCGAUGUUAGAUGCGGUUCUGGAUAUGAACUUCUCUGACAUUGCAGAGAAUAUUUCUACCAAGAUAAAAGGUGUGAAGUCAAUGUUGAACAUCCCUCAGGCCGAGACUGGCCAACAAGAUGAGGCAAAGCCUACACGCGAGUCUUCAGAUCCUGAACCAAGUUUAUCAUCUAAGUUGAAAGGGAUUGGAAAGUCUAUGCUUAAUCUGUCUGCAGCACCGAACGACACGACAGGCGCGGCGUAUUCAACUUUUUCGGCCGCGCCUUCCCUCUCGACCAAGCUGAUGGAUUUUGGCAAAUCUAUGUUGAAUCUUUCUACUGUCGCGCAGAACGAGGAUAGAAAGGAAACACAAGAUCUUCAAUACGAUGUAACCCACGAAGCUACAUAUGACGACUCCGAUUAUGACGAUGAGUCGUACGUUUACAAGACUCGGGAAUACGAAGACACGCGAUGUAUUCGAGGUCAUUACGAUGACGCCCGACAAAGGCACGACUUGGUGCGAAGUGAAAACUCUGAAUUCCGUUAUUCUCUUGGUCGGGAAAAUAAUACUUCAGAGUACAAACUUUCACAGCACAAUACACCGACUCGCCGACAAAGUGUAUGCUCUGGUUAUCAACAAAAAGCAGUCGCUGACCAUUACGACGGUUUUAAUUUCUUUCACAAUGAAAAACAAGGUAAUAGAAAAUACUCCAUAGGGAGCGACUUUGAUGAAUAUCCCGAUUCUUUGUUUGAUGCACCCAGUGAGUUCAGUCAAGAAGAAAAAACAGAACACGAGAAGUCAAUUUUUGACGCUGAUUUUGACGAGGAAACGCCCUGUCUCGCAAAACCUACAACCCUCUGGGAUCAUGUUCCCGCUAGUAAAGAACGAAAUGAUCCCAGGAUAGAAAGCUACACUUUAAAUGAAGUAAGGUAUCAAGAAUAUGUCAAUCCCUGUGCACAUCAGUACAGUAAAGGCCCCACCCGCGCGCAGCAUAGGAGGUCGUCUCUCGGUGGCUUGGGAACUAAUAGUUAUUCUAGCCAAUCGACGCUCGACUUUUGGGACGAUGACGAAUACAACGCGAAGACCAACUGGAAUCACCAACGAGCCAAAUCAAAAGACGACUUUUUCACUUCAUUCGGAAAAAGCAAAGGCGGAAUUCCGAACGGAACCAUGCCAAAGAGUAAAGCGAAGCAAGGAAACUCGCUUCUGUCCGAUGUUGGUUCGCUGUUCUCUAGGAAUACGAGAGACACCCGAGAGAAGCCACCCGUCGUGUUCACACUCGGUGACGAGGACGAAGAACAAGAAGAAUACAUCGAAACAGAUAAUUCUAUGGUCGGUCUGAUCAAAACCAGAGUUUCCAGCUUGUUAGAGCAGGACAGGAAUGUAUCGAAGUGGCUUUCAGGGUUUAGCAAAAGCGAUAAAUCGGACAUUUCGUAGAGCCUUGAGGGUAAAUUCUGCACGUUAGUUCUAUAGCUUUGAAUCCAAACCACCAACAUUAUUUGUAGAUGGGCGGGUAUUUCGGUCCUUGAAAUAACUGGGGUUUGAUUUUCACAUCAGGAUCGCGUGGUUAAGAACUCGAACGAUGCAAUGGAAUUGUUGUGGGUACGACUUUGACAGCUAUUUUGUCCCUUCCAAAAUUGUAAAUAAUCGUAGUUUCACCGGUUUUUAAUGGUCUCUAACAAGUUUCCUUGCGAACACAAUCGGUGAUGCAUUUAUCUGCCUUUAAUGCUGAGUAAAGAAAUUCAGAUUUAGAAUCCUUACAAGGACUGUGUGACUAUAUGCAGCGUGACGUGUUAUGUGACGUCAUGCUAGCCAAUAAAGCCUAGCCAGUUUUAAAUUUAAAGACCCAAUAGCAUUAUUCUUUCAUGUUCCCUUAUCGAUAAACAAAAUAGCU